AUGGCCUCAAAUGCAAACACACGCGCCCCCUUGAAGACCCUCCGUCAAAACGCCAGCAGAGCAAUCGACACCGCCCAAGAUGAAUACCUGACCGCCUGCCAAGCCCUCAGCCGUCUCGACGGCGCGCAAGAAGCACUCCAAUCCACCCGACGUACUGGCGAGGAGUACAUCACAACGGCAAACGCAAUCUUGACCGAGCGUGAGGCGACAGCUGCUGGUCCGGGUGUGGGAGGCGCCAUGUAUGACACAAUCACGCAGGCAGUCAAGGAAGCCACGGAGAUGGCUGUGAGAGGAUUCACCGAGCACCUUGCGACUGAUGAGGCUAUGGGACAGAGGAUUGAGGCUGCGACGCUGAGGGUUACGAGAGCGAAGGAGAAGCUUGCUACUACCAAGGCAGAGUUUGAGAGUCUCAGGCAUCAGUUUAACACCAUGAUGGAGAACAAUGGGGGCCGUAGAUGA